AUGGGGAAUCCACAACAUCCUUACCACAUUUCUACCUUCCUGGAGGCCAAAAGUCUAUGGACGAUGUUUGGUUGCCUCCUUGGUGCAGCUAUCGUGCAAUUCAUCCUUACCCGCUUAUAUAAUUUGUAUCUCCACCCUUUACGAAAAUUCCCCGGGCCAAAACUCGCAGCAGCCACUGGAUUGGUUUUCUCCUAUAAGGUUCUUCGUGGCGAAGAGGUAGCAUGGGAAGCAGAAAUGCACAGGAAAUACGGUGAAGUCGUGCGGCUUGGGCCUAAUCGACUGAGUUACGUGACACCUGAAGCUUGGAAGGAUAUCGCUGGCCCUGGAGCGGGCAAGCGCCUUGAGAACACAAAAGACCCCGCGACAUUCGGGCCAGACUUCGCUGGUACAUUAUCUUUAGGCUCGCAGCCCGAUACAAUGGUUCACAGGACGCAUCGAAGGGUCUUUGCACCGGCAUUUAGCGACAAGGCUUUGAAGCUGCAGGAGCCGUUGAUCCAAGGUUACCUCAACUCACUCGUAAGGAUCAUCAAGAACAACGCAACAGCUACCCCAGCUAUUGGAUUCGACAUCGUCAAACUACUCAACUGUAUGACCUUUGACGUUAUGGCAGAUCUAGCUUUCGGAGAGCCUCUUGGUCUCCUCGAGCAAUCAGAGCUAUCGCCUUGGGUCCAGGCCGUCCUCGAAAACGUUAGAAGAAUGUCAAUCGCACGUCUGGCACGGGAGUACAAGAGUUUGAAAUUUCUAACCAAGAUGUUCAUGACCAAAGAAGUCAUGGAGGGCGCACGCCUUCACUACAACCACUCCUACGAGCGAGUAGAGAAGCGGCUGAAUCGAGGCAUCGACAUCGGGAAACCCGAUAUCUGGAAGCUUGCCAUGGAGAAGGCCGAGCAACUACCAGACAUGUCAAAGAAGCAGAUGACGGCACACGCACAGGCAUUCAUGAUGGCUGGAACGGAAACUACCGCCACGUUAAUGAGUGGCUUGACAUUCCUUCUGCUAAAGCAUCCACACUACAUGCAGAGACUCCAAGCCGAAGUAAGAGCGCUAGGAAAGGAGGACCUACACCUCGAAAACCUCGCCCGUCUCCCCUUCCUCAACGCAUGCAUCCAAGAAGGCCUUCGCAUCUACCCGCCCGGCCCAAUCGCCUUCUUCCGCAUCACACCAAAGGGUGGCAACAUGAUCUGUGGAGAAUGGAUCCCAGGAGGCACCAGCGUCGCGAUCCCUCACUACGCCGCCUACCACCACCCUUCCAACUUCAAAGAUCCGGAUUCCUUCAUCCCCGACCGCUGGCUCCCCGGAACCGGAUACGAUAGUGAUCGCAGGAAUGCGUGCAAUCCGUUUUCUGUUGGGCCGCGCAAUUGUAUUGGUCAGAACCUGGCUAAUCAUGAGAUGCGCGUUAUUCUUGCAUCGCUUACCUGGCACUUUGAUUUCGAGUUGUGUCCGGAAAGUGCGGGUUGGCUGGAUCAGAAGGUGCACUUUUUGUGGGCUAAGGAUCCCCUGCUUGUGAAGGCGAGGUAUAUCAGAUAG